UUGCCAUUUUGAACAACCCUCAGACGUUCGAACUCUCACCAAUACCAUGACGAGAGCUGUGGACGUGGACCUAGAAAGGGCGCAAGAGCGUCUCUACGAUAUCGAGCGACAGGGGGUAUUCGCAGAUAAAUGCAUCCGGCCUAUCUCUGCUGAUAUGGAGAUACUGCACGCCAAACGGGGAAAAUUGGAUGAGCAGAAACAUCGACUGCUGGCAGAAAUCUUUGAUAUCGAGCUAAACGAUAGCUUGCUCAAAAAUGCACUAGAUAAGGCCGUCAGACCCCACUGUAUAGCCUGGAACGCCCAGUUCUUCACCAGUAUGCGCGCCCGUCUACCUCGCGAGCUCCGCGACAUGGUGUAUGCGCAACUUUGGGAUGCGAAGACUCUUGACAAAACAUGGAAGUCCAUGGAACUGUCACUGUUCAACGACCAAGACGAAAGCUGGCGUAUUCUGCAUCUGCCGCAUUUCGUAAACUCUUCGAUUGUGGGGCCUGAAUCCGUACUUGAAGUUGUCGAGGCUUGGUAUCAAUUGGUUUCUGUGAUCGGGUCGCCGUUUCAUGCGGGCAGUUUGGAAAGUCUUGAGCGGUUGGUUACUGCUGAUGCAUUCUCCAUUGGAACAGAUGCCACCACACUGCUUCGGGAGUUGGUCCUCGAGUUCGAAAUCAUCUACCUUAUACCGCCGUCAGAAUAUUAUAGGCAGUGUGUGAGAUUGCUUCAUAAGAUCAAGAACAAGUCAGGCUUCAAACUCACGAUCAAGUUUUUACAGAGGCGCAUCAGCAUGGAUUUCUGGCUAGAUGCUCUCGAGUCUUUGAGGCCGAUACUCGAGGUUUUUGAAGAAGAGGGGGCGAGCGUGCGCGUCUUCUUCCAAUACCUUCACUUGAAACUGCUCCCCGUCAUCGAGUAUGACCUCCAUGACGCUAGGAAAAACCCUAGCUCGAAUUGGAGACAAGAAGCAAUCAAGGCUUUGGACAGCGACAGUCGUAUCAGAGCACGGCACAGGUGCUACCUCCAGAAAAACGCGCCAGUGUAUGUGCCAGAAGACAAGGCCUCGCCCGAAUCAUCCGAAUGGGAAGAAGGAGAAUAUGAUUACAUGGGUGAACGAUGGGAGACUGCAACGGACUAUGGUUGGUGACGACGACGAGGGCUGAUUUUGGAGGGAAUUGUCCCAUGUCCGUCCGAUUGUGCGUCGAGUUGGAGUGGCUGACAGUAGUACACUAUUACUAUCCAGCGACUUAUUGGAGUAGACGUCCUAAAGGCAGCAGCUUCGUGUGCCAUCAGCUGAAUCAUGUCCCUCCAUAGUCCGUAUUGUGGCCCCC